UCAAUGUACAUUUUAAUUAAUUUUAUUUCUAGGUGUUCUCAUCUGUAGUCUUUACCAGCCAUUGUGGUUUAAUCAAUUAGUAACAGAGAAGAAUCAUUAAAGAGGAGAAAAUGGCAAAUCUAAAAAUGAAAGAGGCAGCCCUUAUCUAUCUUGACAGAAGUGGAGGGCUCCAAAAGUUUAUAAAUGAUUGCAAAUACUACAAUGAUUCAAAACAAAGUUAUGCUGUCUAUCGAUUCAAUAUUUUAAUAAACCCCUCUGAUAUUGUUGAAUUAGAUGCUGAACUUGGAAAUCACAUUUUACAUCAUCCUGUAAAAGCUGCUGAAGUUUUCCAAUCAGUCUGUUUUAUUGCUGUUAAGACUCUCUCAUUAAUUGGACAAUUACAGACUGAAACUCAAAUUAAUAUCGUGCUGAAGUUAACACAUUUACCUUCUCUGCCAAGUUAUAGUCUUAAUUUUUGUGAGUUUCGACUUGAUUAUACAUCUCAAAGAUUUUAUAUGAUGCAAGGGAUUGUGAUUGCAAUGACAACUGUAACCAAGUAUACACAAGGAGCAAGAUUUCUUUGUUCAGAUGAAGCAUGCCCUCUUUCAAAAGGAUUUCAGUAUAUAAGAGUGCAUGCGCCUGGUGCUACAGAAUCUGCAACAGUAAGAAAUGACUUUUUAUGUAAUCUGUGUUCUUCUUCACUUCAAGAAGACAGAAAAUUUAGAGUGCUUGGUGAUAAACAGAUAGUUGAAAUAAUUACUGCAAAGGCACUUCAUGCUUUUCAAGGAUAUUCUAAUACCCAGCCAUUUAGGUUUCAAUCUCUUACAAUUUUCCUAAGAGAUGAAUUGGUGAAUAAAAUGAGUAUAGGAAAUGAGUAUAAAAUUAUUGGAAUUCCAACCUGUGUAAAAACUUUACAAACUUCUGUCUGUAUAGAGGCAAACAGCAUCACUUUUUGCAAUCCAAAAGUUCCUUCAGGAAUUAGCGACAAUUUCAGGUGUCUCCUCUCUUUGACUUCCAGCUCAUGCUGGAAGUUUACAGCAAUACUUGCCAAUAUCUUUGCAUCACACAUUGUUCCUCCCGGGACUUACAAUUUUCUCAAGCUCUGUUUGCUGAUGAGUCUAGUUCAGACAAGAGACUCUAACAAGGAACUGGAAGAUUGCCUGGAUAUUUUAAUUAUAACAAGUGAUACUCUACUUGUAGACAGGCUUUUGAAUUAUAGUAUAAACCUUGUGCCCCGUGGUGUACGUCAUCCAGUCUCUACUGAAAUUUUUCCUACUCUAUUCAGGAAUAAUUAUGGAACUGGAGCAGUUAGCAUUCAAGCUGGCAGUGCUUUGCUAGCUAAAGGUGGUAUCUGCUUUAUAGGAGACUUGGCUUCAUACAAAAAAGAUAAACUUGAACAGCUUCAAUCAGUUAUGGAAAGCAGAAGCAUUACAGUGUACAUCCCGGGAAAGAAGUUUGGGGAUGACACCAAUCAACAAACGACUUUUCCCAUUCAGUGCAGUUUUUGGUCUUUCAUUGAUAUGGAUUCAUCUUCAAGAAAACAUAUGCAGAAAACCAACACUCUAAUUGGUCAGAUGGAUUGCAGCUUGAUUCCAGCUAAUCUUGUAGAGGUAUUUGGAUUAUUGAUUAACUGUAAUGAAUCAUCUCCUUGCCACCCAUUUCUUCCUACUGUGCAACAUACUUUAAAGAAAGCCAUUGAUCCUGAAGGGCUGCUUUAUUUAGCUUCUAAACAGUUCACAACAGAAGAUUUUGAGAAGCUGCUGGCUUUUGCAAAGAAUUUGAAUGUAGAAUUCAGCUUGGAGGCAGAAAGAAUGGUUCAUGGCUAUUAUCUAGCAAGUCGCAGAAUCAGAACAGAUUCUAUAUUUGGAUCAAAACUGUCAGCAUCUGCAUUAAAAUAUUUAAUUUCCCUAUCUGAAGCCCAUGCUCGACUGAACUUAAGGAAUAAAGUGCUUAAAGAAGAUGUACUAAUUGCAGUCUUAUUAUUUGAAACAUCUCUCACAUUGAAAUAUGGAGCCACUGUAUUUUGUGUUGCUCCAAAUGCAGUAUUUCCAUUCGAACUAUAUAAUGAAGAAUAUUUAGAACAAAGGGAUGUCUAUCUGACUCAGUGCCAACAACAGCUCCUACAAUUUAUUGCCACAUAUGGACCUGGGACAGCUGUUUUCGCUAGCGAUGAAUAGGCAAUCUGAGGAAAAUUUUCUUCAUUCCUACUUCAGCAGUAGGAAUGUGAUAUUGAAGUAAUGCUUCAGGUAUUGUGUAUAGGAGUUAUAUUAGAAUGCCACCUUAAAAAUACAAAAUAUGCCCUCUUCAAAUUAAUUGCUGAUAGAAUAAACACUAAUUCAAAUCUCAAAGCCAACAGCAGAAAUUUAAAACUUAGGAGAAUCUUAUAAAAAACAAAGAAAAGAACAACUCUGGCUAGCCCAGUAUACCAGUGGGCAAGAUAAAAAUACUGAAUGUUGCAAGUUAAGCAAUGUAAAAAAUGGUAACUUCUAUGUAGUUCCCUCCACUUGUCACAAGAUGGCAAUAGCACUUUAAAUGAGAGUACCUUCAAAUUAAAUGGUUUUCUCUUGCACUUUAAAACUGACACAUUGAGUAAACUAACAAUUUAUAUAACCACAUGUGUCAAAUUUAAGGACUUUUUAUGUUUUACUAGAUAUUGACAUGUCCAUUACAUAGUUUUAUGGAGUCAGGAAAAGCCUUGAAAUUUCCAUUUUUGUAUAAGCCAGGUUAAACAAAAAGGAAUUUAAGUCAAAUCAAGCAAGUAAUUGGUUGUUUGUUUAAACCUAACUGGUUAUAAAGAAGGUACUAGAAGGCAAAGAAACCAACUUACAUCUUCAUUUUUAGAGGGCAGAUACCUGCUCUGAAAAGGUAGACACCAUGAGAAAAUAUACUUUUUUUUAGGGAGGGGGAGAUCAGAAAAUAUACUUCUUAGAAAAUCCCCAAAUCCUUUUCAUUUUUCAAAACUUUAAUUUUACUCACUAAAAAGAAGUCACCUGAAAUUUGCCACCUUAUUAACCAAGAUACCACCAUACAUUUAUUCUUUAGAAAUUGGUCCGAGUUUAACCAUAAAGUGGAUAGCUCUCACUCUUGAUAUGACUUUGACAAAUCAUUCACUAUUUCCUACUCAUUCAACAAUACUGAGUAUCUACUGGUGCCAAUUUUCAGAAGGCAGUUGUUUUAAAAAGUACAUAGUACAAAGUACAAUCCUAUAAUGUCAAGACCUUAUUUUUCUGGCUCUGAGAUGGCCAAAUAUUUUAUAAAACUAAGACCCACAAAAUGCCCUCUAUUUUACAAUUAUAAAGUGUUAUUUGACAGGGGAGUGAUUCUCAGAUGUUACCUCUCAUGCAGAUUCUAAACAUUGCCGUAUACAUUUUAUACUGUUUACCUUCCCAUCAUGAAAUUAUAAUCCUAAUUAAAAACAAGGUAUUAUGAGACUCAAUAGAGGAAAACAAGAUUUAAAUUUUCACCCAAGAUUUAAAAUUUCAACCUGGGGACUGAAGGGUCCCGGGUUCGAUUCCGGCCGAGGGCACAUGCC